AGUUUGGAAAUUAACGCGCCGACAUCGCGCGGAUCGCUUAGCUCCAUAAAUAUAUACGUAAAUAUACUCGUAUUAAAUCAACUGUCGGCGUAACAAUUGAGCAUUCGUUUUGAUAUCUAGUUUUCUACAAUUUAAAAAAAUCUAAAAUAGACGCCACUACAGUUUUAUCAGUUUUGGGAAACUUAUAAUUGUCGUACGAGUGAAAAUUUCCUUAAGUUAGUCGCCGACACGACGAUAUAAACACGCUGAGCAAGUGCCCAUAAGAUAUUAAAUAAUUAGAAAUUGAAUAAUUUUUAUAGCCAUAUGAAGUCACUAAAAAAUUAAUCCAAGUCAAGGAAUCUGUACACAACUUAUUACGCAUAAUUUAUAUGAAACCACAACAAUGACAAGCAAAUCAAAGUAACUGCAUAUAUAUAAAUAGAUGCAUACGUGUAUAAUACAGAUCUUUGGAAGCGCAGUACAACGCAAGCGCUGAUUAAGUUCCACAUACGAGUAUAAACAAAAUAUAUAACAAUUGUAAUAAGUCGAAAAAAAAAGGAAAAGUUAUCAGCGUGCGCAACAUUUAAGCAGUUGUAAAAAACUUGAUUUUAGUAACAAAAACUAACGGAGCAGGCCGCGUGCCACUUGCUACCGAGCUUACAACAUUUACAACAUUCCGCAAGCCGUUCAAAGUAAGACAGUCUUUGGAUUACUGCCUCACCACCGCACCACCACCAACACCACCACCAACACCACCAGCAGCAGCCACAAUACGCUGCAUGCGAAAUAUCAAAAGUUACGAUUACAAAAUAUGUGCACAAUAUUGUUAAUGCAACGGUCAACAACACGAACCGGCAGCACAGUCAGCGGCAGCAACAACAUGUUGCUGCUGUUGCUGUUGUCGCUGUUGUCGCUGUUGAAUGGUCAAAUCGAACUGGUGGAUGGCCACAAAGUGACGGCCAGCCUCAUCACGAAUCACAACUACCCAGUGGAGGAGCACACUGUACACACACCGGAUCAUUAUAUACUCACCAUAUAUCGUAUACCCACCUCUCCGAAACUUCUGAAACAUAACGAUACCAUUCAAAAGCCUGUUGUAUUCCUGCAGCAUGGCAUACUUUGUGCAUCGGAUGAUUGGAUCAUCAAUGGUCCGGAGACAUCGCUGGCAUAUAUGUUCGCCGAUGCGGGAUACGAUGUUUGGCUGGGUAAUGCCCGGGGUAAUACGUACUCCCGCCAACACAAGCACAUACAUCCGGACACAACGGAUUUCUGGAAGUUCAGCUGGCAUGAGAUUGGGGUCUAUGAUCUGGCUGCCAUGUUGGACUACGCGCUGAACGUUAGCAACUCCAGUUCCCUGCAUUUUGUAGCACAUUCCCAGGGCACAACAACAUACUUUGUGCUGAUGUCCUCGCUGCCUUGGUAUAAUGAGAAGGUGCGAUCGGUGCAUCUGCUAGCGCCGAUUGCUUAUAUGAGAAAACAUUCAUUCAUUCUAUCCAAACUGGGUGGCAUUUUUCUGGGAUCACCCUCGUUCAUCAGCUGGGUAUUGGGUAACAUGGAGCUGUUGCCCAUUACCAGCAUACAGAAGCUGUUUUGUGAGCAUAUUUGUUCCGAGGGCUCAAUACUGAAAUUCCUGUGCUCCGGACUGCUGGAUUUCAUUGGAGGUUGGGGUACCAAACAUCUCAAUCAUACUCUGCUUACUGACGUCUGUGAGACACAUCCUGCGGGCGCUUCCACAACUCAAAUCAUUCACUAUUUGCAAAUAUACACCUCGGGAGAAUUCCGACAGUACGAUCAUGGGAAGGAGCAGAAUCAGAUCAUCUAUCAGCAGUCGACGCCGCCCUCCUAUAAUGUCAAGAACAUUAAUAGUUGUGUUAAUAUGUAUUAUAGUGACAAUGAUUAUAUGUCGGCAGUGGAAGAUGUUGAGUAUCUGGCAACGUUAUUGCCCUGUGCAGAGCUAUAUCGCAUACCGUAUACGGACUGGAACCAUUAUGACUUUUUGUGGUCUGUCAAUGUCAAAGAAGUGAUAAAUAAUAGAAUAAUAGAUAAAAUGCUCAGUUAUGAUAUAGAACACGCAACGGGAAUGAGUUUCUAAAUAGAAGUCUUAAGUAGCACUGACAAAUCCAACAUAAAUAAAUCAAAUUAAUUAAUUAAAACAAUAAAUCUUUAAGAAAUCAAAGAAGUGUAAAAGUCUUAAUGUAAAUAAGUGUAUAUAAUAAUAUAGUUAGCCAUGAGCGUGUGCGUGAUAUAUUUGUUAAUAAUUAGCUUUUAAGCUGCUAAAGGUUUGUGAAAUGCUUGUUUAAAACAAAAAUAGCUUUAUAUACUCUGUAAAAUAAACAUA